AUGGCUGAAGGAAGCAACUUUGACUACCUCUUCAAGGUCGUCCUCAUUGGAGACUCCGGUGUCGGAAAGUCUAACCUGCUCUCACGAUUCACGCGUAACGAAUUCAACUUGGAGACGAAGUCAACGAUUGGUGUAGAGUUCGCGACUCGCUCAAUCACUGUGGACGGCAAGACACUGAAGGCACAGAUCUGGGACACUGCUGGUCAGGAACGGUAUCGUGCCAUCACUGCUGCGUACUACCGCGGCGCGGUCGGCGCGCUCCUCGUGUACGACAUCUCGAAGCAUCAGACAUACGUCAACGUCACACGGUGGUUGAAGGAGCUGCGCGACCACGCAGACUCGAACAUCGUCAUCAUGUUGGUCGGCAACAAGAGCGAUUUGAAGCAUCUGCGCGCGGUUCCGACGGACGAGGCGAAGGCCUUCGCCGCCGAGAACAACCUGUCCUUCAUGGAGACUUCGGCGCUGGACGCCUCGAACGUCGAGUCUUCAUUCCAGACGAUCCUGACCGACAUUUACCGCAUCGUAUCGAGCAAGUCGCUGGAGCAGUCUGCGGACCCGAUCAAGCCAUCAGCAGGCGACUCGAUUACCGUCGCCCCGAGCGUCGACAACAACGCUAGCCAGGGCAGCAAAUGCUGUUAG